CGCGAUAAGGAAAUCAGUAAUGGAUGUGGUUUCUAAAUAAAGAUCUGUCGACAGAUUUGAAUCUCGAGUACAGAGUAGGGGUAGGAAGUCGAAAUUUAAUCGAUCGAAAAAAUGGCAGUCUGACCAGUGUAUUCUGGACUAAACAUAUUUUCCACAAUUACAAUAUCUGCUAUUCAUAAGAUUGAUUGCUAACUCAGGAAGUAGUCCGCCCUUCUGUAGGCGCCAUAUUGUACGUGUCUUCCGUUUGGCAAAGCCGACGAGAAGAGGUAGAGAGAUAGGCAAGUGCGAUCAAUUUCGCUGAUAAUUCGUUAUAUUUUCGGGCAUUUAUAAUCUGUCGCGUUAGUUUACAUCAGUCCGGAUUGUCAUACGAACGUUGUAAUGGCGGAUCCAGCAGUUGAUCAUGUAAAUACUCCUGAAGAAGAGUUAGAGGUUGAGUCAAACUAUAAGCCUCCUCCAGAGAAGACAAUCGAACAGAUCCUUGAAGCAGAUAAAGAAGAUGAGAGUCUAAGGAAAUACAAAGAGACAUUGCUAGGAGAGGCAAAAGCUGGGGGUGUAAUUAUUGACCCUUCUGAUCCCAGGAAAGUGAUAGUGAAAAAAUUGGCUCUUUGUGUGACCGAUCGACCUGAUAUGGAACUAGAUUUAACAGGAGAUCUUACACAGCUAAAGAAACAAACCUUUGUUAUUAAGGAAGGUGUCAGCUACAAAAUCCGAAUUGACUUCAUUGUUCAGCGUGAAAUCGUGCAUGGUCUUAAAUAUGUCCAAAAGACCUAUCGCCUUGGUGUGCCUGGCAUUACAGUGGACAAAAUGACACAUAUGGUAGGCUCUUACCCUCCAAAAACGGAGAUUCAAUCCUACACGACCCCAGCUGAAGAUGCACCUGCAGGAGUGAUGGCCAGGGGAUCUUACAGUGUCAGUUCUCUGUUCACCGACGACGAUAAACAUGAACACCUCAAGUGGGAGUGGUCAUUUGACAUCAAGAAGGACUGGAAAGAAUAGAUUGGCUCGUUGUCCCCGCGUGAACGAUAACGACCAAAAUCCUAGCCUUAACCCUAUGCAAUUAUACAUAAGGAUGAAGAAUGCCAAACCUAUUUCAAUGAAUUUUUAUUGCUCUUUAGCUAUGGUUGGUGAUGCCAUAAGAAUUAACUAUUAACUAAGUACUAAGAUACAGUGGUAUUUAUUUAGUAUUCACACCUUGCUUCGUAAUCAGAACGUUGCACUCCAAGUAUGAUCCAUACACUGAUAAAUAGAUACGCGAAUUGUCGUCCAGAAAUUGCGAUUGUAAGCGGCGUGGCUACCGUUAUUUACGUAGACGAAUACCAAAUAAUUACCAACUUAAAGAACACAAAGUCCAAUAUUUGGAAGCGGAAAGUAUUAAAGGUCGAAAGAUUAACUGAA